AUGUCUUCAUCUUCGAGAACUAGCCGAUACUUGUCGCGAUCGGAUCCCCCCUCUAAGAAGAGCAAGGUGGAGAAAGGAAAAAAGAGUCAAGCCGAGGCCACGGAGGUGAUGCCGCCUCCGCCAGCACGCACGCCGACCCCAUCUAAGGUCGUUGAGCGUACGCCUACCCCAACUAAGGUCGCCGAGAGGGUGCGUACGCCUACUCCAGCUAAGAUUGCCGAGGAGGUGCGUACGCCCACUCCAGCCAAGGUUGCCGAGGGGGUGACGCAGCCUCCACCGACUCGCACACCCACGGCCGUUACCUUUACCCCUCAACCCCCCGAGGUGCAAGGAGAUACUUCCAAUGAGUCUGGCUCGCGUGCUCGGACCAACUUGAUCCAACUGGGCACGGACGUGCCACCCGGAGCGUCGUUGAUAAAUAAGAGCCUUGAUGCGGUUGAGUAUGCUGCUCGUAUCGCUCCACCUACGGACUUGGAACACCUUGUCGCUAUGGAUGUCAACAUGCUGCAAGAGCGUUAUCUCAGGCACAUUUUUGAGGCCCUGCUAGAGGGACAGAUCAUUCAUGCCCAACGAUGGCGGGUGACUGACUCGCUCAUUGAGGAUGUUAAAAUUAGGGACGUGGACAACAAGAGCCUCAAGGACCUGCUAUCGAUCUGGGAAGGGGCUUUGAGCAAGAUGGAAGGCGAGCUCGGGGUGCUAAGGAAGGAGCACCAAGCGUUGUUGGCUCGGGCGGAGGCUAUAAGCAAGAUGGAGGGCGAGCUUGAGGCCCUGAGGAAAGAGCACGGAGCGGCUAAACUUGCCAUCGUGAAGGAGCGGGAGGACCACGAGAGGACCCGUGCUGGCCAUGCCGACGCCCUCGGCCGGGCUGUGGAGACUGGGGCUGGUCAAGAGGCGGUUGAGGCUGAGGCACAGGUGGCAUUUAACAUUGGGAGGUACACGAAGCAACAGGAGAUCUUUUCAGUGCUGAGGGAGAAGCUUCCAAAUUUUGACCCCGUGUCCCUCGGCUUGCCUGUAAUAGAGAAGAAUCCGGAUCCUGAUGCUGAGAAUGAAUCCACUGAUGAUGUUACGGACGCUCGUGAGGAUUCUUUGGUGGACGAGUUUCACGGCAUCGACACUAGCAACGUCCCCAAUGUUCCACUUGAUCAGAUUAUGAUUGAGGAGCUCUCGGAUCAUGAGUAG